CUGAUUUUUUUUUAGCUUUGUUAAAUAUCACCAAAUGAGUCAUAUCAUGAAUUGUAAAAGGUUUUGUUAGGUAUUUUGAUGCCCCCAUUACUCACACAGUUCUGGGUGCUGUGAAGUCAAAUUAUGACGUGAUGAAUGUGUGCAGAAUACACACAGGACAGAUGCUGUGAGGCUGCUGGGCAGCACUGCUCUUUUUCUGCAAAAUGCCAUUGCAUGCUUUAAAUAUAUUUCCUUUUAUGUUAAGAUUAUCAUGUGCAGAUAAACUUGUCACCAAAACAAACGUUACAAAGAGCAGAGAAAUGUAAGCAUGCUGUGGCUACAUUUGCAAUCAGUAUUGUUGUUUAUAUAGCUUUUUUUAUGCAUCACAGUGUUUAACAAAAUAAUAAUUAUAAAUAUAUAAUACAUAUAUAUUGCUCUUGAAAUGCAAAAUGAUAUGCUUCCCAUUAUUUUUUUCCAGUGACUUUCUUAUAUAUACUGUUUUUCCCCCCAUGCCUUUUACAGUGAACUUUAUUUUGAAAUCUUUCAGCGGAUGUUGUUGUCAGCUGACAGCACUUCCUCCUCGCGGGUUGCUCCUGCAUGAUUUCACCCUCAAUUGUCUUCUUAUUCAUUUCAAACAAGUUAAAAAUAUUUCAUGUGGAGGGAAGACGGAGAUAUAUAAAAUGUCUGCGAAGCCGACUUGUUUGAUUGUGGCGAGCGCUUCUCCUCAAGGAGUGUCAGCAGCGUCUUUCCAUCAGUGCUUCAGCCUCUGCACGUCAGUGUUCAACCUCCAGACUGCUACACCAGGGGGGAAGCCAAUAGACUUUGUCGGAGUUGAUGAAAGCACUGCUAGAUGGGUGCAGGACUUCAACGUGAAACCCUACGCAACACCUGCCAAACUUGAAUCCAUAGAUGGUGCUCGAUAUCAGGCGUUACUCAUCCCGGACUGCCCCGGAGCGCUGAAUGACCUGGCACACAGCGGCUCUCUGCACCGCAUUCUCACACACUUCAUCUCUCAUCAAAAACCUGUUUGUGCAGUGGGACAAGGAGUGUCUGCGCUGUGUUGUGCGACUGAAGGACAGAGGUGGAUCUUCAGCGGCUACAGUUUAACAGGGCCGUCAGUGUUUGAACUGGUGCGGAGGCCUGACUUUGCCAAUCUGCCGCUGGUCGUGGAAGACUUUGUGAAAGACAGUGGUGGAUCGUACACAGCGAGUCAAGAAGAUGCUGUGCACGUCGUCAUAGACAGACACUUGAUCACUGGUCAAAACAUGCAGUCAACCUCACUUGCUGUAAAUAAUCUAAUCCUGCUCUCCAGUGCCAAAUAAAAAUACAACAUCAGGCAAACUCAAAUUCAACUGCUGAAUUGUUCCACAUUUAUAUUCAUGUAAUUAAACAAACAUUGAUCUCAGACAAAUAUUGGAAGAUACUGGUCAGAACAGAUGUUUGGCAACACUGUAAAUACAACCUCGUUACUUGUCAAUGCUGUUGUUAUAAAUCUAGCAAAAGCCACACAAUCAUAUGUCUUGAUUUGAAAAUCAAAAAAAAAAAAAAAAAUAGGAAAAGCAGAUUUUCAAAGUCAAAGUAUGAUGCAUCUUCACAGUGGACAAUGGAGAGCCACACAGCAACAGAUUUCUGGAUUUGGACUGAAGAUGGGCUGCAGAUGUCUGUGGCGAGUGAAUAAGAGAAAACCCUUCAUUUAAACUCUAUACAUAUCGAUAAUCAUGCACCCUCUGAUGUUAAAUCACUGCACUCUUGACUGAACUGUACAAAUUUUUCAACAAUACCGUCAAUGAAAAGGAAUAAACGAACCGAAGUACCUAG